AUGGCAACACGACAGACUGAGCAACAAAGUGCAUCUCAGCGAAAGCGGGAGCGGGACAAGCUCAACCAGAGGACUAAGCGGCGCCGUGAACGCGAGUACAUUGCAGCUCUGGAGGAUAGAGUGCAGCGCCUCGAGCAAGAUCUCCAGCUAGCCACAGCCACGCACCCGCGUUCAUCCUCGGGGAGCAUACGCCUAGAGCAGGAUCGUCUUGGGCAGGAUCGCCUUGGGCACGCCUUUGGCCAGAACACAAGUGAUGUAGAUUCACGAGACCACACACCGGCCCAGAGUGCGUCGCCCGGCAGUCUAGACAACCUAGACCAUCCCGCGCGUACCGAUUCCUCAGUUUCACUAGCUCCGGAGUCCAAUUCCGAGCCGCGCCGGGCACAGUCCACUCGAAGCCAUGUGGACGCGGCAAUACCAAUGAUCACAAUUGCUCUAGAUCCCUUGACCAAGCUACUGGACUCGCCAGCAUGGUUGCGACUCCCAGUCAUGUCCCGCUCUCCCGUGCCACCACCCAGACUCCUGCUACAAAACGACAGGUUUAGUUUCGUCGUCGACCGUCUGAAGUCGACCCCAAACAUUGCCGACUCUCUGCCACCAACGCCAAAGGUGCUGGAUCUUCUGUUUGGCGGGUCGCGCAACGAGCUCGCCAAUCUCAUUGUCUCGGCUCUAGCACACUAUCCCAUACUGCCACCGGAAAGGUUCGCCAUUUCCUGGCUCAUAUAUCUAUUCUUCCGAUGGUACAUAGCUCCGUCCCAGGAAUCUUUUGCGGCUAUACCACCUCAUAUGCGACCGACUGCCUGCCAGCUCUGCAUCGAGCACCCAGUUUACAUUGCUGCCAUCAUCUGGCCAUCUCUUCGGGAUCGGCUCAUCUUGAACAUGGGUAAAUAUGCAUUUGAAGAUGUCUUUGGUUUGCUAAGCUGCACUGUGCGCGUACGUGAAUCUUUCAACAGCAGCUUCAUCAGCCGAGAGAACGACGGCGAACCACAACUAGACGAGGCAUUUCAUCGUCGCUUCACUCAAGAAAGUGGAUGGGGUAUUCUUGGGAGGUUCUGGACUCAAUACCCAGAGCUCGUCGAUGGCCUUGAUUCGGGCAUUUUGGUACCCGAAGAGCAUCUAUUGUCUAUCUAA